GCCUGAUAGUUUUUGGGGCAUUUCGUUGCUGUACUGUUGUAACUACAGAGGGAAAUGGGGAUUCUGGUUUAGUUUCUGAAGGAAACUCCAGAAAUAAGAAGCCCGAAAGUCCGAUAGCCCGAGAACAUGUCGAACCUGUCGAAUGUGUUGCCCGCCAAAGCCAAGGGCAGCACAUCCGAAGCGAAGAGCGUGCAGAACUCGUCGACCACGAUGGCAGCGAAAUCACUGCCAGCUGGCGAGCAGGCGACCAGGGACGAGAAUGCGCCCAGUACCAGCCAGGGACGGCAGCAUCAGAGCAGUCACCACAGCAGCCACCAUAGCUCUCAGCAGCGGCAAGUCAGCGCUGCCAGCUGCAGCAACAGCCAUAGCCAUAGCCACAGCCAUAGCCAUAGCUAUAGCCAUAGCCGUAAAUUGGCUCGGCAAUGCCAAUGA